GGAGCUUCGCAGCCGCGGGGCGGAGCCUGCUGCCUGCCGCGCGCCGGUUCCGGCCUCGAGGCGAGCGCGAGCGUUGUCAGGCCGCAGCGAGCGUCGGUGCCUGGGCUGCAUCAUGGCUGCGGCCGCGUGGAUGCCUACGGUUUCACGGUUGCUAGGUGCUUUCAAAAACCAAAAACAGGUGACCAGAAGUUUUGUUAGUGCUACGCAAACAGUAACUUUAAUACCAGGAGAUGGCAUAGGACCUGAGAUUUCUGCUGCAGUCAUGAAGAUCUUUGAUGCUGCUAAAGCUCCUAUUCAGUGGGAAGAGAGGAAUGUUACAGCUAUCCAAGGACCAGGAGGGAAGUGGAUGAUACCUCCAGAAGCCAAAGAAUCCAUGGAUAAAAACAAAAUGGGAUUAAAAGGUCCUUUAAAGACCCCCAUUGCUGCAGGGCACCCAUCAAUGAACCUGCUUCUGCGUAAGACGUUUGACCUUUAUGCAAACGUGCGUCCCUGUGUCUCCAUUGAAGGGUACAAAACCCCAUACACAGAUGUCAACAUCGUCACCAUUCGGGAGAACACAGAAGGUGAAUACAGCGGCAUUGAGCACGUGAUUGUCGAUGGUGUUGUGCAAAGUAUCAAGCUGAUCACAGAAGAAGCUAGCAAGCGUAUUGCAGAUUUUGCUUUUGAGUAUGCCAGAAAUAACCAGAGAAGCCACGUUACUGCUGUGCACAAGGCAAAUAUUAUGAGAAUGUCUGAUGGGCUUUUCUUGAGAAAAUGCAGGGAGGCAGCAGAAAACUGUAAAGAUAUUAAAUUUAAUGAAAUGUAUCUGGAUACUGUGUGUCUGAAUAUGGUUCAAGACCCAUCACAAUUUGACGUUCUUGUUAUGCCUAACUUGUACGGUGACAUCCUCAGUGACUUGUGUGCUGGACUGAUUGGGGGUCUUGGAGUAACACCAAGUGGAAAUAUUGGUGCUAAUGGAGUGGCAAUUUUUGAGUCGGUUCACGGAACUGCACCAGACAUUGCAGGAAAAGACAUGGCAAAUCCAACUGCCCUUCUUCUGAGUGCUGUAAUGAUGUUGCGUCACAUGGGGCUGCACAAGCAUGCCUCAAAAAUUGAAACAGCUUGCUUUGAGACAAUUAAAGAUGGAAAGGUUUUGACAAAAGACUUGGGAGGUAAUGCCAAGUGCUCAGAGUUCACAGAGGAGAUCUGCCGCAGAGUACGGGACACGGACUAAACUUUUCUCCUGCUCCUUGUAGUGACUUCAAACGGACACAUCACAAAAAGUACCUUCUAUGUAACCUGAUACCCAUCUGCAUAUGGUUUGUUUGACUCUUCAGAGAGCAAACUUUUUCCUUAGGGCCUCUCCAUUAAUAAAUUUAAUCCAAAUGGCUAAAAAUGAUGCUUGUGCCUGCUUUCAGUGGACUUUUCUAAGUGCUUUGUCUUUUUUUUUUUAAUCUGGUGAACAUUUUUAUGUAAGUGAAUUCUUUUAUUGCCACUGUGACUGUAUAUGAUUUUCCAUUGCAAACAGAGGUUUUUACUUUCCACAAAGAAAAAUUAUGCAAGUCAGUGACAGUCAGUGAAACAUAAAAGCACCUUAAUGGUUAAAACCUACUACAUUAGUCUUGUUGACAUUUGAAAGAUAGUUUUUUCAGCCUCACAAUGGCACAAGAUGAACAGAAACGGGUAUAAAAUAACUUGAAAUGGCAAUUUCACGUUAAAAUCAAUAAAAAUAGCCACUGCAGGUAGUCUGGUGAUUCAUGAAAUAUAGUCUUGCCCCCCAAGGGCACAAAAAAAAAUUACAGAAUUCUAAAGAAUUCAUCUAUUUGUGUAUCUUCAAAAAGCCCACAAUCGUUACCCACCAGGAGGUGAAAAUUCAUGUUAAAGUAAGAUUAUUUUUGAGAUCUGUACACUGAAACAAUUAGUACAAGUUUUCCUCUCUGAAACACACAUCAGAGACCUUAGGAGAGCAUAAAUUAUGCAAAAUUAAUUCCGCCAUGGAUUGCGAGGGGAAAGUAUUAACCUGGGAAACUGAUACUAAAUAUUUCAUGAUUUCUGCUGGAAUGCUUUUUGUGCUGUACUUUCAGGCAUAUUCUGUUCAAUGUGUCUUACUGUAUUGACUAGGAAUUUUGUUAUAGAAAAUCUGAAUGUAAGGACUCAUCCUAAAUGGAUUAAGAGAGAUCAAAGGUUUGGCUCUGGUGCCUAUGUUCCAGAAAUAUAUUUCAUCCCUAUUCAUGGGGAUCUGAGACUAUUUUUUCCUUGCUUACUAAGCUUAGUGGAUGUAAAGGCAAUUCUUUUCACUCCUUUCACAUACAGAUUGUUGUAUGAGUCACUCUGAUCUGUAUGUCUUAAGGUAUGCUUCCAUUAGUACACCCUACCAAAAAUUGUAUUUUAAAACUCAUAGCACAGGACUAUCCCUGCUGCCUGAAUGAGGCUUAAAGUUUAGUUCUAUUAGUAGACAUUACUUCAUUACUUUCUAUGGAGACUGUUUAGGCUGGUUGUUUCAGAAGCAAAACGAAUUUUUGGAGUAACAGCUUCUGGUGUCACUCCAAGUAAACACAUCAGCUUUUUUCAUACAGUUUAACAAUGUGAGAUUUAUUCCUUGUGCACUCCGCUUUUGGUGAAAAGGGCAAUAUUUCUUUCUGUGUUUUACAAGCUGCUGCUCCCUUGUUUCCUUUAGAUUAAUAUUGUUAAAGAACUUUCAAAUUACCAUUGCGCACAAAAUGGGGAAAAAAUAAACUUUUCAAAGUCCUA